GUUCGCGAAGAAACACGCGACUCGAAAACCGCCGUCAGGCGCACGUACCUUAUCAUCUGCCGCGGUAAAUUCAUUCACGUUUGCAUUGUAGUGUGACUUGAUUUAUUCAUUCAUUCAAAAAAAGAAAAGAAAAGAAAAAGAAAACAUUUCCAUCGGAAGAUAACAUUCGUGUCAAUCAGGUGAGCACGCGUCGCACGUGUACCGAUUAAAUUCUCGUCAUUCAAGAUCCCAUAGAAAUGGUCGUCCCUACAGAGCACGCACUCCACGAGGCGAUACAAGUUGCGCCUUUGGUACUUUCGGACGAUGUGAAGCAGCAAAAGAUCGAGCAAAAACUGGCGCAAAUGAAAUUUUCAGCUGCGACCGUGAGGAAGAUCCAAGAAGUUUUCCUAUCGGAAAUGAACAAAGGAAUCCAUCUGCAACCAUCGUCGCUGCAAAUGGAAAACACAUACGUCCCGGAACUUCUCGAUGGGACAGAGGAGGGCCUGUAUUUAGCGUUGGAUCUUGGGGGCACAAAUUUCCGAGUGCUCCUUCUGGAGCUGGCACAUGGUACACCUAUACGGGAAGAAGUGAAGAAAUAUCACAUUAGCUCCGAUUUGAGAGUCGGUUCGGGGAUUCGUUUGUUUGAUUAUCUGGCAGAAUGUGUUAGCGAUUUCGUCAUCGCUCAGGGUCUUCAGGAUGUAGAGCUUCCCCUUGGAUUCACCUUCUCGUUCCCAAUGAUUCAACACUCUUUGGACAUUGGAGUAUUGGUUACUUGGACUAAAACAUUCAAUUGUCCUGAUGUGGUGAACAAGGAUGCCGUGAGAUUGCUCCGCGAGGCUCUGGAUCGUCGUGGUGAUACCAAAGUGAAGGUUGUGGCUAUUUUGAACGACACCACGGGGACGUUAGUCCAAGGAUCAACGUUAGAUUCUGACACAGCUAUAGGACUUAUAUUAGGCACCGGUAGCAAUGCUUGUUACCUGGAACGAGCCGAUAGAGUAGAACAUUGGGAGACCGAAAGACACGGGGAACGUCAAGUUAUUAUCGAUAUUGAAUGGGGUGCAUUUGGAGACAACGGUGUUUUAGACUUCAUCAAGACAGAUUACGAUCGCGAGAACGACGCGAAUUCUCUUAUUGUAAAUUCAUUUACGUUCGAAAAGUAUAUUAGUGGAAAGUACAUGGGUGAACUUGUGCGAGUUGUGCUCGCAAGGUUAAACAGAGACGGACUUUUAUUCGUAGGUGAUCACACGCCUGGAUGUCUUUUAAUUCCUGGCAAUCUCACCAGUGAUUUGGUAUCAGAUAUUGAACAAGACUCUGUGGACGGUGGUAGUUGCAAUACGAAAGAAAUUCUGAAGAAGUUUGGUAUUGUGCCAGAUGAAGAUGACGUGAAAACCGUUCAAUACGUUUGCGAAGUAGUGUCUAAUCGAGCAGCUCUUCUGGUUGCAAUAUGUCUUGGGGUUUUAUUAAAGCGAAUCGACAGGGAACACGUAACGAUUGCGGUGGAUGGAUCUCUUUACAAGCAUCAUCCCCGAUUAGAGAGUUGGAUCAAACAGUACAUUCCAUUGCUAGCACCUGAUCAUAAGUUUAAAAUGAUUCAUGCCGAGGAUGGAAGCGGAAAAGGAGCUGCGCUCGUUGCUGCAAUCGCACAAAGACUUCACAAUAGAAUAGACUAGUACCAGUUGAAAGUUUGAAAUACUCUGGCGUAUAUUCAGUUUUUCGUUACUGGCGUAAAGAAUUCGCAUCAGAUCUCUAGUUCAGACCUUGUUCAAAGUAUAGUAUAAUUUUAACGGCCAUGUACAGUCACAUUCCUUAUGUUAAUGAUAUAAUCAGUCAUGUUGUUGAUCUUACGCAUUCGGAGUUCUUGCAUAUAUAUUUUUUUUUCUACAUUUUUUUUUUUUGUUUAUAUUUUUAAAGUUGUUGCGUAAAAAAUUGUUACACUACAAGUGUUGUUGUAAUUAAAAGCAUUUUAUUGUUAUUAGUUUCACGUCACAAAGUGAUAUUUGAGAGGAAGAGAGAGAGGAUGAGAGAGAGAGAGAAAGGGAGGGAGAGAAAGAAUAAGAUACAUAUACUACUUAGUCUUAACGAGAAAGAAAAUCUUCAGGAAAAUAUAAUUCCAAACGGAAGCAACGUCGAUUUUAUUAAGCGUCUUCGAACAUUCGUGUACUUUUCUUAGUGCGCUGAUUUAUACAGCAUCUCAAGAGUUCAUGUCUCCUACCGAAUGCUUACGUUUGGAUAUUAGAAUUUAUUUUUCUUACGUUGUUCGAAAUACUCGCGUUGUUCUUUGUAAUUAGACGUCUCGUCUUUCAUUGUCGUUACGUAAGAUCUAUUCUGAUCUUACAUUCGUUAGAGAUUUUUUUCUCGUAAUGUUGCAGACAGAGAUAUUCUCCAUCAUCGACGUUUAAUCUUUUGUAAAAUCACAAAGAGGUGAAGCACCCUUUUUGUAGAGAAUGUUACCACGUAUCAUGGUAAAAUAUGGUGAGGCUAGUAUUGUAUACGAAACAUCGAAAAUGAUACAUUUAGGAUACGACGAUAAAGCAUAGUGUGUAUAGGUAUAACCGUGUGCCAUUUCAACGAAGAAAAAGAGAAGGGUACAAUCAUGAUCGUUUUGUGAGAGCGAGCAUAUUAUCUCGAGUAUUGUAAGCAGUCUGUUUAUAUUCCCACAUUAAGAGCGAGACGAAAUUGUGACACGGACCACUAAACAAAGACAUUAGGGACAAAGUGAAAUAAGAGAGUAGGUACAAAGUAAGCAGAAAAAACGCGUCAGUAUCCAAGAACACAAAUAUUUGUAAAAUACGUUAUUGUUAUAUCUUGUAAAUGAUCGCGAGGACGUUCGAUUUUUUGUACUAGAGGAACGAGGUUGUUAUAAUAAAAAUCGAAGUGAAAAUCAA